GAGAAGCAGACACAGGUGGCGCUUGGGAGAGUGAGCGGCUGGCUGGAGUGUUUUGGCCCUGGUCAGUCUUGCCCCACACACUCUGGUAAUAAGUGUUUCCGUAUUCCCGGCAGCUUCUCCCUGUACCAAGCACCGCCACGCAGCACCAGAGAGCCAUGAGUACAUAUGUCUGGAGUUCAAGGACAGGGCAGCAGCAGAGGAGGCAGUGAGGCAGAGGAACAAUUACAAGCUAGACAAGCAGCACACGUUUCUCUGUAAUCUCUUCACGGACUUUGAGAAAUAUGACAACAUACAUGAGGAGUUUGUCGCACCUGUCCCCGAGCCUUAUAAGAUUGGUGAUGAGUAUUUUACAUUCAUCACCAAGUGCCAGGACCCCAAGGCGUGCACGGUGCUGCUCAGGGGACCCAGCAAGGAUAUCCUGAAUGAGGUGGAGAGGAACCUUCAGGACGCCCUUGGAGUGGCCCGGAACUUGGCCCAGGAGCCCCGUCUGGUCCCUGGGGGCGGCUCGGUGGACAUGGCAGUCUCUAACUUCCUGCAGCAGAAGGCCAAGGGGGUGUCAGAGGAUGGAGAGCUUCGGAUACCACACGGAGUGGGGUGAAGGAGCCUUGGGGAUGCCUGAAGGAGGGGCAGUGAAGGAGGGAGGCCUAGAGAUGAAGGAAAUGCAGAAAAUUCCUGCAAUACUGAACGUUUCUCUGGUCAGACUAUCCUUCACUGAAUAUUUGGACCGAGGCUUCGAGAUACGAGCUGAGCAUCUGUUUUUUUUUAGUGUUUUGAGGCAGCUUUAAUUUUUUUUUUUAGGUGUUUUUAGGUUGUUUUAAUGUUAUUUUGAAUAUUUUAGGUUUGUAGAAGGAAGGAGAAAGCUUAAAUACAGUAAUAAGGCCGAAAAAAGGCUUAAAUUGAGAGUUUUAUCAGCCUGGCGGAUAUUAAGCUGUUUUAAGUAUUUUAAGUUACCAGAAGAGUGGAAGCUUAAAUUUAAUACUACAAUAAGGAAAAAGCUUUUUUCUUGCAUUAGGAAGAGAAAAGCUUAAUAUUAUUGAUGUUUUUUAUCAAUUUCUUUUGAUUUUAUAUUCAGUUUAUUUAUUUGUCAUUAUUUUUAAGAUCAUUUUUUUAUUUAAGAUAAUUUUUUUCAUUUUUCCUUUUUUUCACUUCUUUGACUUAAUAUCCAGUUUAUUUAUUUAUUAUUACUUCUUAGUGUGUCUAAGUACUUGCAAGGAUCAUUUAUUUAAUUAUUAUUAUUUUUAUUUUAUUUUCUGUAUUUUUUUUUUUUAUAUAUAUAUAUUUUUUUUAUAAUGUAAACUUAUUACAUCAAUAUUCCCGUUUUCUGUUACUUGUUCAUGCCAGGGGUGAAAAUAAACAUGAAGAUUAUUACUGCUUUUAAUCCCACUGAGAGAGAGAGAGAGAGAGAGAGAGUGUGUAGGAGCAUUUUAGUUGAGUCUAUCCUGCGCUGGUUCCUACGUUUGCUGCGGUGACACGGUACAGCUGUGAGAUAAAUUUGCAUUCAUAACCACGAAGGGGGUGUUCAAUGGGAAAAGGGCAGUGAGGAAGUGAUGAUAUUUAUAUUAUUUGAAUUAUUACUUGAUAAUAUGUCAAUAUUUAUUUUUUUUUUUUGGUGUGUGUGUGUGUGUGUGUGUGUGUGAGUUGGGGGGGAGAGAGGGGGUGGAGAAGCAGACACAGGUGGCGCUUGGGAGGGUGGGCGGCUGGCUGGAGUGUUUUGGGCGGCCCUGGUCAGUCUUGCCCCACACACUCUGAUAAUAAGUGUUUCCGUAUUCCCGGCAGCUUCUCCCUGUACCAAGCACCGCCACGCAGCACCAGAGACCCAUGAGUACGUAAGGUGAGCCCAGCGGUGCCACGGAGCACCAGAGAGCCAUGAGUAGUAAGGUACAUAUGUCUGGAGUUCAAGGACAGGGCAGCAGCAGAGGAGGCAGUGAGGCAGAGGAACAAUUACAAGCUAGACAAGCAGCACACGUUUCUCUGUAAUCUCUUCACGGACUUUGAGAAAUAUUACAACAUACAUGAGGAGUUUGUCGCACCUGUCCCCGAGCCUUAUAAGGAUGGAGAGCUUCGGAUACCACACGGAGUGGGGUGAAGGAGCCUUGGGGAUGCCUGAAGGAGGGGCAGUGAAGGAGGGAGGCCUAGAGAUGAAGGAAAUGCAGAAAAUUCCUGCAAUACUGAACGCUUCUCUGGUCAGACUAUCCUUCACUGAAUAUUUGGACCGAGGCUUCGAGAUACGAGCUGAGCAUCUGUUUUUUUUAGUGUUUUGAGGCAGCUUUAAUUUUUUUUUUUAGGUGUUUUUAGGUUAUUUUAAUGUUAUUUUGAGUAUUUUAGGUUUGUGGAAGGAAGGAGAAAGCUUAAAUACAGUAAUAAGGCCGAAAAAAAGGCUUAAAUUGAGAGUUUUAUCAGCCUGGCGGAUAUUAAGCUGUUUUAAGUAUUUUAAGUUACCAGAAGAGAGGAAGCUUAAAUUUAAUACUACAAUAAGGAAAAAGCUUUUUUCUUGCAUUAGGAAGAGAAAAGCUUAAUAUUAUUGAUGUUUUUUAUCAAUUUCUUUUGAUUUUAUAUUCAGUUUAUUUAUUUGUCAUUAUUUUUAAGAUCAUUUUUUUAUUUAAGAUCAUUUUUUUCAUUUUUCCUUUUUUUCACUUCUUUGACUUAAUAUCCAGUUUAUUUAUUUAUUAUUACUUCUUAGUGUGUCUAAGUACUUGCAAGGAUCAUUUAUUUAAUUAUUAUUAUUUUUAUUUUAUUUUCUGUACGUUUUUUUUUUUUUUUUUUUUUUUUUUUUUUUUUUUUUUUUUUUUAAUGUAAACUUAUUACAUCAAUAUUCCCGUUUUCUGUUACUUGUUCAUGCCAGGGGUGACAAUAAACAUGAAGAUUA